AAUGGUGAAGAUACAUAGAAGACACAAAUGGUGAAGCUUGAAAUUCAAAUAUGAACUGCUUUCUCACAUCUCACAAAGAGCUAGCAACUACUGAAGCUUCUUUACACUAAGAGCCAAUAACAUAGAGGCCAGAAGAGUCGUCUUGAGUUCCAGCUCACACACGUCUUUGCCAUUCACCCACUGGAGCUCACCUCUUCCAUUUGGACGAGAUUCUAGCAGAAACUGCUGCAUCGAUACAGGUAUCACUAACCUUAUCUAUAGCUGUUGCUCUCAGCAUAUCUCAUGGUCACUAAUGCCACUGGAUUGUGCAUAUGGAGCACGAAGAAGAGAUUUGAAAUAAUAAUCCCGUCAAUUUAACUUUGUAGGAAAAGAGCUGACUUACUUGACAAGAAUUUUCUCAUUUUUGUGAUAUAACCAGCAUCCACAUUCCUGAAAUAUUCCAGACUUGGUAAAGAAUUUUUAAAGCUUGUUGGAAGAGAGCCUUUAGAAGAUUAUGGGAAAUAAACUAUCUUCAAUCACACACAAAAAAGUGAAAGCAGGAGUUCCCACCAUGGUGCUGUGGGUGAAGAAUCUGACUACAGUGGCUCGGGUCUCUGCAGAGAGAUGAAUGAAAAACAUCUAGCAUAUGCAGAGGUGAAACACAUUCCUUCCAAGAAACAGAUGCAAAAAGAAAAGAGAAAUGAGCAGCUAGUUUACGCAGAAGUGAAAAUGUGUACUUCAAAGCCAAAUCAGACAAAGAUAACAAGAAUGGAUUCACCUAAAGAAAAAGGGCCCUCAGUUCCACUUGCCUGGUUUCUUGCCACGGUGAUUCUUGGAAUCUUCUGUUUCUUUCUCCUUUUAACAGUUGGAAUCUUAGGAUUCAAGGUUUUCCAGGGUGGAUCAUGGAAACCUUCAUUGAACAAUGAAACACAAGAAGACAACAUGUCUCUCAGAGAGAAAACACUUACCAGAGGAAAGGAAAUCAGCACAUGUAGAACUAAAUGGUCUUGUUGUGGACAGAAAUGUUAUUAUUUUUCGAAUGAAUCGAAGAACUUCAAAGAGAGUCAACAUUCCUGCAAGGAAAUGGGCUCCACACUUCUUAAGAUAGACGAUCAGGAAGAACUGAUCUUCAUUCAAAGUCACCUAUCCUAUUUCUACUGGAUCGGAUUGUCCCGUAAAAGUAGCACAAGUUACUGGACAUGGGAAGAUAACACACGACAUUUUCUGACUUUGAUUGGAAAGACUCAAAGGAUGGAAACUGUGCAAGUAUAUCAGCAAAGAAGAUCACUGCUACUGACUGUGCCAAACUGAUAUACUACAUUUGUGAGAAGUAAAUUGCUUGUCUUGCUACCUAAUGAAAUAACAGCAAAAGGCAUAUCCAAUAAUUUUCCUUAUAAAAACUCAUUUCAUAAUAUGUGUGCUUUGUUAUGGGCUCUACCUGUAUUCUAGCCUCUAAUUGAGAGAUGUCAGGCCCUCCACCUUUGCCCCUUUCACAAGCAGUGUUAGAUCACACAGGUUAUGAGCACAGGUUGUUGGGGUGAGAAAAUAUCAGUGCUUUGGACGAGCACUGGGAAGUGAACUUCUGUAUAUUCUACUUCUGCAACUUAACACAGAUAAAGUAAUCCUGCCAAGGUCUCUCACCAUCAUGCACAUUCUAUCUGGCAUUUCCUGCCAACAAUAGUUAAAGCAUUAUUUUUAUGAAUUGUGUAUGCAUUUCCUUUGGCUCCUUACUUUUUAGGAGAAAGAUAAUAGAGUAUACUGGAAGAGAAUAGAGAGUAUCUUGAAUCAGACCCAUGUCUGGGAGCCCGAGCCAUACCACAGCUAAUGGCAUAAAGGCUCUCCAGCAAGUCCAAACUUGUGAGUCGGUUUCCUUGCCAGGAGGGAGACUACUAGACUGUUAUGCGAAGUGGCUGUACCAUUUUGCAUUCUAUUAGCAGUGUGUGACAGUUUGUACCCUUCCAACAUUUAAUACUUGCUUGUAUCCUUCCAACAUUUAAUAUUGUCAGUUUUUUAAACCAUCUUAAUAAAGAUACAGCGUAAUUGAA